UAUCUAUCUAUCACAUCACAAACCACCUCCCUCCCCCCCUCUCCCAUUCCAAUUCCCAUCACCACCACUACCCCAACAACAAACAAUCAUUCAAAGCAAUGGCCGAACUAAACACCCUGGAACAAUGGUACUACGACGUACCCAUCGUAACGCGCGUAUGGACCACAGCAGCGGUAUUGACGAGCGUGCUGGUGCAAUGCCAGAUCGUCACUCCCUUCCAACUAUUCUACAGCUUCACAAGCGUCUGGCAGAAGCGACAGUACUGGCGUCUGGGCACCACCUUCCUGUACUUCGGCCCGCUGAGCCUGGACUUCAUGUUCCACAUCUUCUUCAUGAGCCGCUACUCGCGCAACCUGGAGGAGAGCAGUUUCCGGGGGAGGACGGCGGAUUUCGCUUGGCUGAUUGUGUAUUCUGCUGCUUCGCUGUUGAUAUUGUCGCCCAUAGCUUCUAUGCCCUUCCUUGGAUCCCCGCUUAGCUUCUCGUUGGUCUACAUAUGGGCUCGAAGGAAUCCGGCGGUUAGGUUGUCGUUCUUGGGACUUUUCAUUUUCAGUGCGCCUUACCUGCCCUGGGUUCUCUUGGGCUUCUCGCUGCUGUUGAAUAAUACCCUUCCCAAGGAUGACUUGCUGGGGAUUGUGGUUGGACAUGUCUACUACUUCUUCUCGGACAUAUACCCGCGAAUACGCAAUGGAUCGAGACCGUUGGACCCCCCGGCCAUCUGGAGGCGGAUGUUUGCCGCUGCUCCUCCCCCUCCUCCUGAAGCUCCGGCCGCCAGAGCGGAAUGAUCGAUCGGUUGAGGUUGCAUGAAACACGGGGAUCUCCCCCCCUUUAGUACUUGUAGUAUUACUAUUUUUUCUAACUUGCUUGCUUACUUUGCUUGCUAUCACUUGUUUGGUUGGUUGGCUGGUUACUGGGCAACGCUGUGGUAGCGAUCAGAUAGAUUCUUGAAUGUAUGAUAUAAAACUUCGGCAGUUUUAAAUAUUUUAACUACGAAUUAAAGCCUUGAUACC